AGGGACUUGAAACCAAAUCGGAGAAAGCAAUGGAAAUAGAAUACUAUGAAGUCGCACUUGGAACCGAUAGACGCUUUCCAAAAACAAGGGAUAAUACUGUCCCAUUUACGAAUGUCGGUCAGAAAAAAUCUGUUACCUUUCUAAACCUUAACUUGGACUCCGGGGAUGUUGUUUACUACUUCACCGUUAGAGCAUAUAGCAAGACGUAUUCGACUUCUUUUGCGAUGUCCAACGGGUUUUAUGUACAGUUUAACGGAGGAGUUAAUGCGGGUGAAAUAAGCAUGCCUAGCUUUGUGAACGACACUAAUCAAUUACAAUAUGCUUGGAAUGGUUUUUCUUCCGAAGUGGACAUUAUGCUUUACUACAUUGCGUUGUCCAACGGUUUUGCAAACGAAAGCGAUUGCAGAAAAUAUAUUGUUCGUCAGAAUAAUUCAGUUAUGAUAACUCCACUUUUCGACGUUGUCGGCGUGACAAACAUGCAAGUUGAUACGAUGGUUCAGCUGGACAAUCUUGAUCUUGGUCAAAAUAACUCUUAUUAUGCCUGGGUGCUUGGUGUUGAUAAAUCCGGCGAAUGCAAUAUGACUUAUCAUAAAUUUCAUGUGGAUAUUACUCUGCCAAUAAAAGGAAAAACCACUGCAGGACCCUACUAUGACAUGGAAAUUGCCUAUUCCUCCGCAAGUGACAGACUUCGCGUUCAGUGGACAGAUUUUCUAGAUGAUGAGUCUGGAAUCUUAAGGUUUAAUUUGACCUUAUGGACGAGCAGUCAUUGCCGACAUAAUACACUAUUGCCAAUUGUGUCACUGGAUGUUCUGUCUGAUUUUACAGAUCAUACAUUUUAUAACAUUUCCCUCAAGCCAGAAACUGUGUACUUCGUGUCUGUGGAAGCUGUCAACAACGCCUUGUUGAGAACGGUAGCAUUCACAUCGCCAAUAAUCUAUGACAGUUCAAUACCAUCAGCUGGAUAUGUCGCAGAGGGAGCCGAUAUAAAGGAAGAUGUUGUUUGGUGGGGAAAUGCAUCAUCAGUAAAAGGAACAGUUCUCCAUUACCCACUUUGGGUAGAUGACGAAUGUCCUCAACAAGAUGCAUUUAUGACUGAUGUCCGUUGGAUAGCUCUUGAUAUUGAACGCAUAAAUGACCCGGAUGGAAUUCAGUGGGGACUGAACUAUAGGCCUGCAAAUGUGCAUAUUGUCAACAGAGAUGAAAUCAAAAUCAAGAUGUCAAGAGAUACAAAAUUUAAACAACUGUAUUCAGGAGCCUAUAUGAAAUCAGCUGACUUUUUAGAAAACGGUCUUUAUCAGAUCAACAUAAAAACGAACGACACUGACGGACUUGCUGUCACGGGAGUAACAUUUUGGGAUGGAGAAAAGGGCGAUCUGCAUUUGUUUGACCACAAACCAUUGGAAAAUUGGGCUUCAAUAUACGAGUGUCUAUGUUGUCAGGCGGAAAGCGAAGUAGUUGAAUGCCCAUGCAACUGCACAGAGUAUUUGAGUAAUUUUGACAGCAAUGCAACGUCAUCGUAUUAUAAUGGAAUUGAAUCAACAUCAUCAAAUAGGACGUUGAAUGGCGGUUCAGUAAUCCCUGUGGAUAGGGCUUGUGGGAUUCAGAUAUACGGAGGCUCAAACCCUUAUGUCGUUACUUGGUGUAGAUUCUAUAAUACAUCAUAUCAGCCAAUGUCAGUAACGUCAGAUUUACAAUUUGAUCCUGCAGAGAAUUACCAUAACUACAGCAUUAAGUUUUUGGCCAAACGAGAGGAUUUGCAGAUAACACAGUGCAUCAAGGCGUUUGCUGAUCAAUACGAACUUUCUGAAAUGUGCGGAAUACCUCAUCUUUCAAAAAUGACAAUGAUUGUACUGCAUGUCUGGAACAAAAACAGCAAUAUUCCUGAGAUGGACUUGUUUAACAGUUGGACAAGCUAUUCGUACUUUAAAACGUUAAAAUUGCCACCAAAUGACUCUGAACUGUGUCGGUACGCUCAACCAUGGAAAGGAGGCACGAAUCCGAUAAUUUCUUAUGAGGCCGGCAUCGGCUCAUCCCGAACCGUAGCUGAUGUGGUUAAUUUCAGACAGGUCGUUCAACCGUGUAUUCCAUGUAGCGGUCUUUGCUCUGAACUCAUUUGUCACAGGAAAUGCGGCCACGACACUUAUACCGCAAUAAUGUUUACCAUAGAUGAUAUUGACUUAUCAUCUUAUACAAAUGGAUCGUUGUAUAUAAUUGUUAAAUCAUUACUGGGCUCCGGCGAAGAGACACUGUCUGCUUCUAACGGUUUUUACAUAGAUACAACGCCCCCUUCGUUUGAUCUUGAAGUAACAUUUUAUAUCGACGUCAACCAAGGAGAAUUUACGCCGGCUGAAUACCAAGGAUCAAGCGAUACCAUCAAAGCCGUGUGGUUUUGUGAGGACGAUUUAAACGAAAUAAGGGAGUAUGAGUGGGCAAUCGGCUCCUACAUUGGUGGCGAAGAUUUGCAGCGCUAUACGUCAACUGGAGUCACUUCAAUUGGAACAAACACAAGUUUUGAAGGGAUACUAGAAACGAAUACAACAUAUUAUGUAUCUGUCAGGUGUACAAAUGAAGCUGGCCUAGUGACAGUACUAAACGAUACGAAAGGUGUGACUGUUUUACUUGAGGCACCAAGUGAGGAUUCUAUUAACACUUCCGCGGUAAAUGCAGAAGAAUUCGAUGAAGACGUGUACCCACCAACAGCUUUAGAGACCUCGGAUCCGACAUCAUGUGGUGAAAAAUGGACUGAGAGCUCUGACGACUCUGUGGACAGAUACGAUUUCUGCGUCGGAAGUUCAAAGAUGACACCAGAUGACAUAGUGCCUUGCGUAUGGGUAGCGGUGAACACCUCUGGCAUGGUUGAAAUAAAGGAUGGUCACAUUUAUAUAGAUAGGGUUCAAUACUUUAAGCUUUCAGCAUUGCAAGCAUAUAGUAAAGCACAUUAUACAGUAAAGAAAAACAGUAACAAUUCUGAAAACAUAUUUCACAUGGAACCAGGACGGACUGUGUUUUUAUUCAUGAGGAUUUGUAACAAAGCACUGAUUUGCUCAUACAAACUUACAAAUUCAGUAAUUGUUAAAGGAAACGAUUCAGCAUUGGCAAUUUCUAAAAAUGGAACAGGGAUGUCCGUAACUCUUGGACAGAGUUCUGCUAGGAAACAAAAACGUGGCUCGGAAUAUAAGAUGAUCAACGCAACAUUUCCUAAAGGUAUGAACGGUGGACAAAGUGUUUUGCUAAACGAACUAUCUGAAGAAGAACUAACAACAAUCUAUCAAUCUGACGCAACUCCUUUAUUCAGGCCCUUUAUUGUCAAUCCAUUUGUGACGUUAAACAAAACUGAAAGGCUUCUGUACAAGAGGACAUAUCUAGUUGAAAACUCGUUUACACUCAGCCCAAUCGGCCAAGAGGAAAUACCUGGCGCUAUUGAAAUAACACACCAGCAAAUAAACUUUGACAACUCAGAUCCUGAUAGUAACAUCACCAUGCUCGUACACUGGAAUCCUGAUGAAGAGGAGUGGCAGAUAUCUAGCAGAUCUUGUCAGGAUGAAUCUGACACCGAGACACAUAUUCCGGAUCUUGGCGUCACCGUUGUGAAGGUUUGCAAUACCCGUACACAUAACAACUCCAACGAAACACAACAGUACAUGUACCAAGAAACUCAGUUUGCAGUGGCAACCGUGAGAGCGGGACCAUUCAACAGUCCACCGUAUCUCAUGUCUCCAUUUAACAUCUCACUUUUAGAAGACUCAGACCUCGCUACUUUUCAACUAUAUGCUCGUGACGAUGAACUAGAUGACAUCGCGUUUACGCAGUUCAACACUCAACUUCAACUAGGAAAUAUGAAGCUAAAUAAAUCGGGCUGGUUAGAAAUUAAACUGUGUGCUAACUGUUACGGCCACCACUCGCUCAAGAUAGAACUAACAGAUACACAUUCCUUGGGUGAAAUAACACCUGAAAAAUCAAUAGGAACAAUCAAUGUACAUGUAGUGGAACUAAAUGAUCCACCAACUGCUUUGCUGUAUUCUAUGGAAGGACAGUAUCUUCUAAAGUCAGACCCGACAGAGCCGGUCAUAUUCAUUCAAGAACAACAAAUUAAACCGGCGGUGUUUGACUUAGCAAUUUUUAUAGCGUAUGACGUGGACAUUAAUGAAUCAAUUCAACUUGAAAUGUCGGAAUCACUUUCAACAUCAAGUGGAUUCUCAGUACAAGAUUCUGAUCUACAGUCGUGCAUUGACAAUAUCAAUUGCAACCUGAAUGACGUGCGCAUGGGAAGCUCAGGACUUAGUCAAGCAAUAUAUAAUGUCACGUAUGCUAUAAACAACGAUACACUUCAAGAAAUUGGAAUCAAACGUUUAAAAUUUGCUGCUCGAGAUGCUGUUGGAACAUACUCUGAUGUUAUUUCAAUUGAAUUGUGGAUUAUGGCUAUGAAAUGCAUGAAUGGGGACCAGUGUUUGGGUAAAUAUUCAGACCAAUAUGCCUGCAAUGAUAAAGUGAGAACAGAAGGGUUUGACGAAUAUUUCACCUGUGACUGUCCGAACGAGUGGACCGGACAGUAUUGUGAAGAAGAUGUUGAUGAAUGCGCUAAUCAGCCGUGUUCCGGCAGAGAGAUAUGCAAGAACAAAGAUGGUGGCUAUGAAUGCUUCUGUGAGAGUGGUGACUUCUUAUGCACUGCAAAUCUUGAAGUAUGGAGCUUUGCACUCAUAAUAAUCGGGGCCGGACUUUUUCUCACUAUUAUUACCAUUUUCUGUUUAGUGGCACGUUGGAAAUGCAGGCAAAUGAAGUACAAGAUUGGUGUGUUUCCACCGAACGGAUCAGAGAUUUGCCUCCAAGACGAUUUUGACGCGGACCUUCCUAGAAGUGAACCUCCUUUGUCUACAUUCGCAAAGAGCAGUACAGAAGAUGUCAAGCUACAGACUGAAAUAAGCGCCGACUCCAAUGAGGACGAUCACGAUUUGCAACAACCUGAAUCGAACAUUAGUGAGCGGGACAUCGUUACUGUGAAGAUGUCUGACAUGAGGAAUAAAAUUGAUGUAAUGAACAUGUUUCCAUCAGCUGGAAUGUUGCGUCCACCAAAAAGAAACGUCCAUGUUAAUACUGCGUUGCUGUCUUCGGCAAUGCCACCUGUAGAAGGAAAAGAUGACACAGAGUUUUAAUUGAAGGCGAUACGUACAUAUCGAUGCAACGAACUCUAACUUAAGCUAUUUGAAAAUGUAUAUUUUACAACAUUAAUGUUAUGCAAAUAUUGACUGUCAGUGUUUUUUUUUGUUCAGACAGUGUCUCAAAGGAGACAGUCCUGAUAAUUCUAGAACUUGAAAAAGGACGUUUUUUUUCUUGAACUGAUAUCCUAAAGAACUAAGUGAGCAAACCUUGAGCGCCAUAUUGUGUUACUUAUUUGUACAUUUAUAUAGUUAUAGACAAAUAUUCAAAGAGUGUGUUUGUGUUUUUUGAAGUGUAUUUUUAAAUUUGUGGUUUGGUGAUUUUUUUGAUUUUUUUAGUGUUAAGUUAGUAUGCGUGUACAUACAUAUCUUAUUUUUUACUGAUGAAAUGCUUAUCAGUUUUAUAGCAAAAAUAUUUAUCUAAUCUUAAACUAGAAUAACGUGAAUAACUUUUACAUUUACUAAUGUUAUAUGAAUUAUUUUGUUGAUACCAUUUUCUAAAAUUAAACGCCUUAUCAACGAGCAUAUUUGGUUUAUUACAAACAUUUGUAAUUUAUAACAUGAUAAAUAAGGCCGUAUAGAAUUCAUUCAAACAUAAGAAAGGGUAACUUUGAACAUCGGAAAGUCAUGUUAACAACUUAGAUACCAGAUCAAAUAUAACAAAUUAAAAAUGAAAAUAAGAUCAAGUAAUGAUAAAAGGUUUUUAGUUAGCUGACACAGCAACAGUUCAGUUAUACCAAAAUCUAUUACAGCUGUUUGCUGACUUAUCAAAAGAAAUGUACAUUAACAUUAUUCAGAUUAAGACUGUCAGUAUUUCCGUAUGCUGUUAUCAAUUACAAUGGAGACAGUCAUAUAUAAGUUAAGAACUUUUUUUAAACAUUGAUGUUCUUGAAGGAAUCUUUAUUAAAACUAAGUGAUCAAACCUUGAGCGUCAUAGUGUUUUAGUUGGUUUUGCAUGUACAUAGUUAUAAAUAUAUAUUACUAGCGUAUAUUUGUGUUUCUUUUGGAGAGUAUUAUUUUAUAAAAUACUUGAACAAUACGUUAUUUUGUGAUGAUUUUGGUGUUUUUUCUUUCUUUUUCAUGUGUUUAGUUAUUACUCUUGUACAUAUAUAUCUUAUUCUUAUUGAUAAUACAUUUGUUUCACUAAUCAUUAUAUUAUAUUACGUAUAUUGUAUAUUCCUUUUACCUAUAA